AUGAAAAAUCUCAAAAGAAAGGCGGAGUAUUUGAGCGCUACAGUGGAUGAUUUAGAAACAGAAUUUAGACUUGCAGAGUACCAUCCAGCCAAAAGACCAAGGAAAGAGGCUCAACAUUGGCGUAGAAAUGCGCGAGAGAUAAUAGAAUCCAUUUCAAGACUUGAGGAAAAAGUAGAUAGAGUUGGACAAUGGAUGUUUGUAUCACGCUUACUGUUGGGAAAGGAAGUUGAGGAGAAGAUUCAAGAGGUGGUAGAACUGCAAGAGCAGCAUAAUUUUCCUCGUGGUGUGCUGAUUGAUGCUCCUCCAACUUCUGAACAGUUCAUACCAACAGCAAGAUUUUUUUGUGGAAGUGAAACCAUAACUGCAAGGAACAAGGGCAAAUACUUGAUGGAUGAUGAGCUCUCCAAUGGCAACCACCAACGUUGGCAACCACCUACACCAGUAACUAAUCAGUAUCAACAACCACCACCUUUGAACACCUCCAAAGUCGCCACCACCGCUGUGCGCCCAUGCCCAACUUCACCAAUUACUAUGUCAAAGGAAAGCUGCAAUCAUCUUGCUCGUUCAGAUUACACUCACACCUCUACCUCACAGCCAUCAUCCCAGAAGCCUAGAUCACGGCCACCAUUAUUGGCACCUUCAUCAUCACUUGCAACCACAUCACUACCAUCAUCGUCACAUCCCACCUCAGGCCUAGCAACUUCUAACUCUACCUUGACUAGGUGUGGUCAAGGCUAUGUUAGGGGCAUCAAGGAGUGGAAUACUGGUGCUAGGAUGGGCAUCCAAUUUGACAGUACAUUCCAGCCGGUAGGGGAUCAAGAUGCCUCCUUGAAUGGCCAACUUGGACAGGUAGUGCGUAACGGCACCAAAUUCCCCUCACAUAUGGAGAUAUUGACUCAAAACUCCUGCAAUUGGGAGCUUCGUGGCCCACCUCUUACGGUGGGGCAGACACACUUCUCGCAGAUACAACACCAAGACGGGUAUAAUUGGCAACUCUUUGACGAGCCUGAGUCCCUCCAGGCGACACAACUUGGGUUCUGGAUGCAUCUAAGUGGCCAUUGUGCAUUUAGGGAAUGCAUAGAACGUAGGACCCUACUGUUGCAGCCUAGUUCUACACCGCUACCACCUCAUACACGACACGAUGAUCAAGUUCUGGAUGCAUCUAAGUGGCCAUUGUGCAUUUAG